AUACGCUGAAAUUUCCCAUCAGAACCUUUCAUGCUUCAGCAAUGUCUCAGGCUGUGCAGACAAAUGGAACUCAACCAUUAAGCAAAACAUGGGAACUCAGUUUAUAUGAAUUACAACGAACACCUCAGGAGGCAAUAACGGAUGGCUUGGAAAUUGUGGUUUCACCUCGAAGUCUACACAGUGAAUUAAUGUGCCCAAUUUGUUUGGAUAUGUUGAAGAACACCAUGACUACAAAGGAGUGUUUGCACCGUUUUUGUGCAGACUGCAUUAUCACAGCCCUCAGAAGUGGCAAUAAAGAAUGUCCUACAUGUCGGAAAAAGCUAGUUUCCAAAAGAUCACUAAGGCCAGACCCGAACUUUGAUGCACUCAUCAGCAAAAUUUAUCCAAGUCGUGAUGAGUACGAAGCUCAUCAAGAGAGAGUAUUAGCCAGAAUUAAUAAGCACAAUAAUCAGCAAGCACUCAGUCACAGCAUUGAGGAAGGACUGAAGAUACAGGCCAUGAACAGACUACAGCGAGGCAAGAAACAACAGAUUGAAAAUGGCAGUGGAGCAGAAGACAAUGGUGACAGUUCCCACUGUAGUAAUGCGUCCACACACAGCAAUCAGGAAGCAGGGCCUAGUAACAAACGGACCAAAACAUCUGAUGAUUCUGGGCUUGAGCUUGAUAACAAUAAUGCAACAGUGGCAAUUGAUCCAGUAAUGGAUGGUGCUAGUGAAAUUGAGUUAGUGUUCAGGCCUCAUCCCACACUGAUGGAAAAAGAUGACAGUGCACAGACAAGAUACAUAAAGACUUCUGGUAAUGCCACUGUUGAUCACUUAUCCAAGUAUCUGGCUGUGAGGUUAGCUUUAGAAGAACUUCGAAGCAAAGGAGAAUCAAACCAGAUGAACCUUGAUACAGCCAGUGAGAAGCAGUAUACCAUUUACAUAGCAACAGCCAGUGGGCAGUUCACUGUAUUAAAUGGCUCUUUUUCUUUGGAAUUGGUCAGUGAGAAAUACUGGAAAGUGAACAAACCCAUGGAACUUUAUUAUGCACCCACAAAGGAGCACAAAUGAGCUUUUACUAAAACCAAUCUGGAUAUUGAACUUUUUUUAUAGCCUAUUUCUUUAUUAUUAAAGAUGUAUCAUCAUUACUUUUAUGGACAGUA